AUGCAAAAAUCAAAAAAGAAGCCAAGGCAAGUGAUUACUGGUGAAAGACUCCUAGCCAUUGAAGAAAUAUAUGGAAGUUUGGAUACCAAAAGGAACAAAAGAUCUUCCCUGUGUGAAGCCAGAUUGGGCACCAUAUUUAAAGUUGUUAUUAUUCAGAUUGAUCAAGAUGGACUCACACUGCCAGAACGGACUCUUUAUUUUGGGCAAGAUGAAGAAAGUGAAAAGAUUCUGAUAGCAUACAAAGAUCUAAUGGAAAAAUUAGUAAGUCUGCUUGGGGGAGAUAAUGCCAAAAAGAAGACUGAAGAGAUAUUACAGUUAGAGAUGCAAUUGGCAAAUAUAACAAUUUCGGAAUCGGAUACUCUGCGAAGAGACAUCAAUACUAUGUACAACAAAAUCACUUUGAGAGAGUUGCAGCGCAUUGCACCAGCUGUUCAAUGGAAACAUUUACUGGACAGAAUAUUCCAUGAUAACCUUUCACAGGAUGAAGAAAUUGUAGUACUUGCCACUGAUUACAUGCAGAGAGUUUCAGAACUCAUAUCAAAGACUUCUCCAAGAGUACUGCAUAAUUACAUGAUUUGGCGCAUUGUAGUUGCUCUGAGUGAACAUCUUUCCACGCCAUUCAGAGAUGCUAUUCAUGAGUUCUCUAAAGAAUUAGAUGGCACAGAGAAACAGAUUGAUCUGGAUAAAAUGUGCUUAAACCAAGCCAACAAACAAUUUGGGAUGGCUCUGGGAGCUCUUUUUGUUGAAGAAUACUUCUCAUCUUCCAGCAAAAUAAAAGUACAACAACUAGUUAAAGACAUUAAGCACGCAUUUGAUCGUCAACUAGAUGAAUUAGAUUGGAUGGAUGAAGAGACAAAAGAAGCAGCAAGAGCAAAGCUUCAGUAUAUGAUGGUCAUGAUUGGAUAUCCAGACUUUUUAUUAAUAACGAAUGCCGUUGAUAAUGAAUAUGGUUUCGAAGUGAAUGAGAAGACUUAUUUUAAAAAUGUGCUUAACAGCAUUAUGUACAAUAUAAAGCUGUCAGUGAAAAAAAUACGGCAACAAGUGGACAAGACUGCAUGGCUGCUUCCUCCUCAAACACUAAAUGCUUAUUACUUAUCCACACAAAACCAAAUGGUAUUUCCAGCUGGGAUACUGCAGCCGCCACUUUAUGAUCCUGAAUUUCCUCAGUCCUUGAACUAUGGAGGUAUUGGAACUAUUAUAGGACACGAGUUGACACAUGGUUAUGAUGACUGGGGGAGUCAUUAUGAUAAAUAUGGCAAUCUGAAAAAAUGGUGGACAGAAGGAUCCUAUGAUAAAUUUAUUAUGAGAGCACAUUGCAUUGUCAAUUUAUAUGGAAACUUUACUGUUUACGACCAAAGGGUCAAUGGCCAACUUACACUUGGAGAAAACAUUGCUGAUAUGGGGGGACUUAAACUUGCAUACUAUGCAUAUCAGAAAUGGGUUCGUGAUCAUGGUCCUGAACAUCCACUUCCAGGCCUAAAAUAUACCCAUAACCAACUUCUCUUCAUUGCGUUUGCACAGAAUUGGUGCAUGAAGAGAAGAUCACAGUCCAUCUACCUACAGCUGCUUACUGAUAAACAUGCCCCAGAACACUGCAGGGUUCUUGGAAGUGUUUCCCAGUUUGAUGAAUUUGGAAGGGUAUUCCAUUGUCCUAAAAGAGCUCCAAUGAAUCCAGUUGAAAAGUGUUCAGUGUGGUGAUUCCAGAUUCAAUUUUUAAUAUACAAAGCUAUUUUACUUUUUCCUUAAUGUUUGAUAAAAUGUGGCCAGUUCUUUUUAUCUCAAUUGCAUUUUUAUUUUUGUAAAUAAAUGUAGGCUGAAUUCUUGACUGUUUUCAGAGCAGCAAAAUGUCAUUAUUUUAAUGAUUCACGUAAAAUUCACAUCUUUGCACAAGAGAUUUGAAUAAGAAUCUUUCUCUUUUCACUAUGCCUCGUAUUACCAAUCCUAAACUACGUUUAGGUAAUAGAUGCUUCAUGAUUGAACUGUACUUCAUGUUACUUUUGUGUUUCAAUGUAUGCCAGUUGUUAAAAAUCAAGCAAGGUGUUUUAGACUGGUUGAAUAUUUGUGCACUUUAUUAAAAGCUUAACAAAAGCUUAUGUCUUACAAAUAAAAAUGUAUCAUAAAAAGAAGUA